GAUCUCUACAAACUACAAUUGUGGACAGUUUCUUGCCUGUACUGGGACCAGAACAUAAGAUUAUUGCAGUCUACUUUUUGGACCCAAAACCUCUCCCCCUUUCCCCUGCACUCUGAUAAAAGCUUCAAAGACAUUGCCUAACAUCAGCAGUGGCCUGAGUAUGUUCAGCAGAAGAGGCUCUCCCCCAGAAGAUGAGAUCAGAUAUGAUAGACAGCAACAACACUAAAUCUAGUGCCCCUCUCCUGGAUCAAAGGCACUUGAGGAUGGUGACUAAAGAUGGACACAGCACACUACAGAUCGAUGGCACCCAAAGGAAAGGUCUGGCAUACCUACGAGAUGCUUGGGGAAUACUAAUGGACAUGCGCUGGCGAUGGAUGAUGCUAGUCUUUGCUGCUUCUUUUGUCAUCCACUGGCUAGUCUUUGCAGUGCUCUGGUACCUACUGGCUGAGAUGAAUGGGGACCUGGAGUUGGAUCAUGAUGCCCCACCUGACAACCACACCAUUUGUGUUAAGUACGUCACCAGCUUUACAGCUGCUUUCUCCUUCUCCCUGGAGACACAGCUCACUAUUGGUUAUGGCACCAUGUUCCCAAGUGGGGACUGUCCUAGUGCUAUCGCCCUGCUUGCCAUACAGAUGGUCCUGGGGCUCAUGUUGGAGGCCUUCAUCACAGGUGCUUUUGUGGCAAAGAUUGCCCGUCCAAAGAAUCGCGCAUUCUCCAUCCGCUUUACUCAUUCUGCAGUAGUGGCGCAUACAGAGGGCAAGCCAUACCUUAUGUUCCAGGUGGCCAACACUCGUCCCAGCCCACUCACCAGUGUUCGGGUUUCAGCUAUUCUUUACCAAGAACAGGAGAAUGGUCAGCUGCAUCAAACUAGUGUGGAUUUCCACCUGGACAGUAUCACGUUUGAGGAGUGUCCAUUCUUUAUCUUUCCACUGACCUACUACCACUCCAUUACCCCAUCUAGUCCUGUAGGUGCUCUCCUCCAAGGGGAUACCCCUCGCCAUUUUGAGCUAGUAGUCUUCCUCUCAGCAAUGCAGGAGGGCACAGGGGAAACAUGUCAGAGGAGGACAUCCUACCUCCCAUCUGAGAUCAUUCUACACCAUCGCUUUGCUUCCAUGCUGGCCCGAGGUGCCAAAGGGGAAUAUCAGAUCAAGAUGGAGAAUUUUGACAAGACUAUUCCUGAGCUCCCAGCUGCAGCAGACUCUAAGAGUCCAAAGAGGACUGACAUGAAGAUUCGCAUCAAUGGACAGCACACUGACAGCUUCCAGAUUUCCGAGACUGGUCUGAUAGAAUAGAAUUUGGAUGUGGUGCCAUUUUUUAAAAAAAAUUUUUUACAUUAAACUUUCAGGUUAAACUUCCAGCCUUCCUUUUCCCCCUAUUUUCUUUCCCCUUUUCUCCAUCCUUUUGAUUGCAGUAUAGUGUGCAGAAUAAAAAAAGCAUAAAGUGCACAUGUAAACUGAUGAGAGGCUGUUUUGACUGCACAGAAUAGAAAGUUUGGGACAAGUACCACAGUACAAGUUCUGCAAAAGUACUAGUGCUACCUGCUGAAUUCACUAGACUAUGAUUAAAACUACACUGACCCUGAAGUAUGAGACUUUCAGACUCCCACAGUUGACCAAAACCUAAUUAAAUGGUAUGUGGGUAGAACACUAUGGCAAAAUGGGCAGCAACAGUACAAUAGAAGACCUCAUCUAAAACUAACCCGAGGUUAAAUUACACUAGUUUGGGGGAUCAGCAAUGAUGUAGUUCCAAGACCGUUAUAACCCUUUUACAUUAACACUUUCUGGGUACAUGGUUACAUCAAUUUUCGGAUGGCUGAACAUCCUACUAAAAUCAUUGCCAGUCUUUUCAGUGGCAGUGAAAUGCAUUCCA